CAUAACUCAUAUUUUAAUUGGUUUAGUCUUUGAUCACAUGAACGUCAUUGACCUAAAGUUGAAUCCAUCCUCUUUCACAUCGAAUUAAAGACUCGGGAGCAUGUAUCACCUGGCAAUUCUUGUCUAUUUCUUAUCCUUUCUCAGCUUCAUUAAUGGCGAAGUUCUGUUUAAUGAGAUGGAAAUGGGAGGCGAAAAAAGAGAUGAUAUUACAAUCAGGUACACGAUACGUAACAAUUUGGCGACACCUAAGUUUGAUUUUGAACAGAAGGUGACGUCAAAGGCGGGUCAACCAUUCAUCAGGUUCAUGGAGCAGGCGGCUGAUAACGACAAAAACUUUCAAUUUUCGUCUACAUAUUAUGCUAAACUUGGGUACUUAAUUGAAAUGUUAGGAACGAAUAGAACAAAUGUCUUUGGAUUGGCUUCCUGGCAAUUUUUAAAAGCGCCAUCGAUAGUAUUGGAUGUGGGUGUGAGCAGCUACAUUCCUCAGAACGGUGACCACCUGAUUCUUGAUUAUGUCCUAGAGGGCAAUUGCAAGAUGUGUAACCCACUGAAAUUGUAAAAACAAAUGAAUCGCAAAGAAAGCAAAGCCAUAAAAAUUUAAUAA